AUGAAAAUUGCUGUAAAACGAUGGGUGCUAAAUGGCAACGCUGAAUUUCGGGUAUCGUUCCGUCGCUCAAUUUCUCAAACUGAGAUUCUGCAAAUCGGCAACCGCAUCAGAGACAAUCUGCAGAAUCUCCUUUUUCAAACAGCGAGUGAAGCCGGGCCCCCCAAAAAAAUAAAUAUGUUAUUCAAAUGGUUUUGUGGAAUGAUAUAUAAUAUAAGUUAUGAGCUCAGAUUUAAAACGAAACUCAUGCUCAGUCUGAAUUUAGGCUUCUUUUCCGGGCAACAAUUUCAUAUCUCUAAUUCAUUACUACUGCGUCGGGAGUACGGCUCAUAUCUUACCACGCCUGAGCCUGGUUACAAUGUAUCACUAUUGUUUGAUCUGACCGCACUUCCUAGUGAUCACGCUGCCUUGAUACAAAAGGCAUCCAUGCUCAAGAGGAACUGCUUUGCUUCUGUAUUUGAGAAGUACUUUGAGUUCCAAGAAACUGGGCAAGAAGGACAAAAAAGAGCUGUGAUCAACUACAGAGAAGACGAAACUAUGUACAUAGAAGCUAAAGCUGACCGAGUUACAGUCAUAUUUAGCACAAUUUUCAAGGACCCAGAUGAUGUCAUUAUUGGGAAAGUUUUCUUGCAGGAGUUCCGAGAAGGACGCAAGGCGAGUCAAACUGCACCAUCCGUGCUGUAUUCGUUAGGUGAACCUCCUCUGGAGUUACGAGACCAACCAGGCGCUAGAGUUGGUGAAAAUGUUGGCUACAUCACGUUUGUCCUAUUUCCGCGUCAUACAAAUAAAAAUGCACGUGACAACACUAUAGAUCUGAUACAUACUUUCCGAGAUUAUCUGCACUAUCAUAUCAAGUGUUCAAAGGUAUACAUGCACUCAAGAAUGCGGUCAAAGACAAAUGACUUCUUGAAAGUUUUGAAUCGUGCACGUCCAGAAGUGAAGCUGGAGAAGAAAACUUACAGUGGUCGAUCGUACGUGCCCAGCUGAAUGAAACAUGCCUGCCCCUUUUUUCAUCAUAGUCGACUGCUUUAUGAUAAUUAUUUUCUUUAAUUUAUGAUUUCUAUGCUUUUAACCGCACAAAUAAAGU